AUGCCGCGCCAAACAGUCACAGACCUGAGCAGGUAUCUGCUCGCCGGUCGCCUCUCGCCACACGGUUGCUUGUAUGCUGUCCACCAUUCAGUAACACGACCACUUCUCGUCCGAUCUACCACCGCGACAGCGCAUCGAGUCAGACACCUCCACGGCGCACCGCAUACUGCCGCGACACCUACACCCGAUCUUGCCCACCCCAACUUCCGCAAGAAGCUCAAGGAUGAGGCCAGGCUCGCCAAGAAGCAGGGCAAGAAGAAGCCCAAGUCGGACAACCAGACCGUCGACGGCUGGGAGCUCACCGUCGGCAUCGAGAUCCACGCCCAGCUCAACAGCCCGCGCAAGCUCUUCUCGCCCGCCAUCACCUCAUUCAACGACGACCCCAACAGUCAUGUAGCGCUCUUUGACAUCGCCAUGCCCGGUAGCCAGCCGCGCUUCCAAAAGGAAACCCUGAUUCCCGCUCUCCGCGCCGCCCUCUCCCUCAAUUGCGAGAUCCAGGAGCUCAGUCGCUUCGACCGAAAACACUACUUUUGGUGGGAUCAGCCCUCUGGUUACCAGAUCACCCAGUACUACCAGCCCUUUGCCAAGAAUGGUCACAUCACCCUGCUGGCUAGAGACGGCAUUGCAGCCGAGGAUGGCGAAGGUGUUACAGUCCGCAUCAAGCAAGUUCAGCUUGAGCAAGAUACAGCCAAGACACUGGCUCAAGUGGGCAACAUUCAGUGGCUAGAUUUUAACCGUGUCGGUGUGCCUCUGAUCGAGAUCAUUACAGAGCCCGAGAUGCACCAUCCCAGAACAGCUGCCGUAUUUGUACGAAAAAUUCAGCUUCUUUUAAACACGGUAGAUGCUUGCGUAUCAGGCAUGGAGACUGGCGGCAUGCGUGCCGAUGUCAACGUUUCGGUACGCAGAACUGGAAACCCAAACAUUCCGCUUGGAACACGAACAGAAAUCAAGAACCUGAGUACCGUCAAGUCUGUAGAAGAUGCCAUCAUCGCCGAGAGAGAUCGGCAAAUCCGCGAGCUUGAAGCUGGCGGUGUCAUUGCUGGUGAAACACGAGGCUGGGCUGUUGGCUCUACAGAGACACGCAGGCUGCGUGGCAAGGAGGGCGAGGUCGACUACCGCUAUAUGCCAGAUCCUGAUAUUGAACCGCUCGUCAUUGGAAAAGACCUGGUCCAGCAUCUACAAGAAUCACUUGCCGUGCUUCCCGACAAGGAGCUUGAUAGUCUGGUGGCUGACUACGGUCUCACUGCCAAGGAUGCGCUCUCCCUGAUUACGCUGGACAACGGUGCUCGGGUCCAAUACUUUUACCGUGUUCUCGACAUUCUUGGUGAGAGCCUUGAGAGCUCAUGCGCGAAGCCAGACUUUAAGAGCUAUGCGACUCUGGUUGGCAACUGGGUCAUUCACGAGUUCGGUCGCCUCACGACCUCCAAGGCCGGGCCGCUAGCUUCGGGCGAGCUCACCUUUUCGCAAGAGGGCGAGUGUACCCAGGUUCCCGCCUUUCUCCUUUCCCAGCUCCUACACCAUCUCUACCUGAAGCAAAUCACCGGCAAGGUGGCCAAGGAGCUCCUCGUGGCGAUUCACCUCGGGGAGAUGGGGGACGGCGACGUGACGUCGGCCAUUGACGCGCAUAAUCUGUGGUUCCACGAGCUGUCACGGGACGAGUACAUCGCCAUUGCCGAGGAGGCGAUGCAGGGUGAAGGAAAGGUCCUGCAAGAGUUUGUCCACUACGAAAAGUUUCCGCAGGGCAAGCUCAUGUGGCUGGUAGGCAAGAUGAUGCGGCUGGGUCCGACGGAGAGGAUAGACCCGUCCACGGCGGAGAGUGUGAUGCGCGCCAAGGUUGAUAGCCUGCGUGUUGAUUAG